AUGGAGUGUAUGCGCAGUCAGUUCAAGGAUGGCGCACUUCUCGACGGACGCUUCGAGACCCUCUCCGCUCUCAACCAUGGCUCCUUCGGCAUGGUCUUCAUGGCCAAGGACCUCCUCACCGGCGAGAGCGUCGCAGUCAAGUGCUUGACCAAGACCUCAGAUGCCAAUGGAUGCCCGGUGGCCUUCGCGGUUGACGAUCGCUCCGAGGAGCUUACCAUUCACAGUAAUCUCAGCUCGCACCCGAACAUCGUUAACCUCAUCCAUACUUUUGAGACUGAGCACCAUGUCUACCUUGUUCUUGAGCUCUGUCCCAAUGGUGACCUGUAUGAGGCCAUUCGCCUCGGCCGCGGUCCCUUGGAGACGGAGCAUGUUCGCGACUUCAUGCUCCAGCUGAUUUCUGCUGUUGAGUUCAUGCACUCCAAAGGCAUCUACCACCGCGACGUCAAGCCCGAGAACAUCUUCCUCACCCAGGACGGAAACAUGAAGCUUGGCGACUUCGGUCUCGCGACCACCGACGAAUGGUCCUACGAGUCUGCUGUCGGCAGUGACCGCUACAUGGCCCCCGAGCAGUACGACUGCGGAACCAACGGUUACUCACCUGCCAAGGCUGACAUUUGGGCUGUUGGCAUUUGCCUGCUCAACGUUCUGUUCUCUCGCAACCCUUUCGCUACGCCGACACCUUCGGAUCCUCUGUUCCGCGACUUUGCUAGCGACCGCGAGUCUCUCUUCGAUGUCUUUCCCAACAUGUCUCAGGACACGUUUGAGAUUCUAAUCCAUUGCCUUGCCAUCGACCCCGAGAACCGUUCGCUUAGCGCCGUCCGCGAGGCUCUCGACCGCGUCAUCUCUUUCACCACCGACGACGAGUCGCUCGACGAGUUCUGCAACGAGGAUUGCGAUGUCAUUGGAGCUACUGCCAACCGCGAGCCCCUUCGCACGCCUUCGGUCAGCACUGCCAACCUUAACCAGGAGGGUGCUUUCCCGUGGGCGAGGGCUCUUGCAAUGACGCCUCCUCAGCCGGUGCGCCAGCUUUCGACCAUCCACGAUGUCGACAGGUAUUCCGAAGACUUGUUCACCGACUCUGAGCGUACUGAUGGCGAUUGGUGCUCGUUCAAGCCCGAGCGUUCGUCUGUUGUAUCCUUUGUCGACUCUGGCCUCGGCAUCUCUUUGCAGUCCAACGAGGGCACGAAGCCUCGUCCCAUUCAGAACAACUCAUCGAGACCGUUGGCUAUCCCUGGCUCCAUGCCCAUGCGGCCCAUGCCUAGCCUGGCCUCUGCCUUCGGAGCCAAGGCCGACAUGGUUUCCAAGAGUUGGAGCGAUCUUUGGGAUGAGGAAGAGGAGGAGAACCUUGGUGGAUUCGAGUUCGAUUUCCAGGACAAGCUGGGCUUCAAAGAGCGUGUCUGGAGCAACGAGCCUGGCUCUGGCCGCACCACGCCUCGCGCUGGCCUGACUGAGAUGAAGGAUCCUGCUAGCGUGCACAACAGCAGGAACCGUAGCCCGCCGUCGGCACCUCGCAGUGUCAUUAGCGAGCAGACGGGCUUCAUCUUCGAAGACCAGCAGCACCCGCCGACUGAACACAAGGAGCAGCGCAAGCCUAUCGUUGUGCAAGUGCAACACAGGCCGGCGGCUGCUCACGAGACGGCAGGGCCCCGCUAUUCGCCGCCACCGAAGAAGCGUUCGGGCUUCGACAUGACGGAGAAGUGGGCAGCGCUGGGUAAUCGCAGGCGAGCUCAGCCACCAAGCCCGGAGAAGGCCAAGGAAUCUCCCAUGGUGUACUCGCUGGGAAGCAAGCAACAGAAGAGCGACAAGACUUUGAAUUGGAAGCGGGGUAUGGGAUUUGGACAUCACAACAUUCAUGGGUUUGAUUUCGGCGUUGGAAAGGGACAUCAUCAGGGACACCAAGAGUGGAGUUUGAGUAAAGAUUGGCGCCACCACGCAACGACGGGCGACGACAUCGGCGAUCUUGAGUGGGUUGGAGGUUGGAAUGACCUCCACUUGUAG